GCCGCCGCGCAAGACGCAUGCGUAUUGCGGUUGUUGAAGGAUGCUCCGCGUCGGUCACGAUCGUCGCACUAACAUCGCUACGUCUCAACGAAAAUAAAUGCAGUGACUGAAUAGUGCUAAAUUAAAAAGUGGUAGUGAGGAAACUGAAAAUUAUAAUCAGUGAAUAGGGGUUGGAGUUGCACCCUCCGAUCGAUCGCCGAAGCCGGCUGUGACUUUUGCGAGCGGCGCUACACUAAGAGUGAGAUGGGAUGGUGGCGGCGUGGGCCGUCUUGCCUCUGCUGGCAGUUGUCGCGGGAGACGUCAUCUUCAGGGUGCCAGAGGUGUUGGUCAGACACGCGGCAGCUUCCAAGCCGGUGGGCACGGGACGCGCGAACACCUCCCGCGUGAACCACUCCGAGCACCUGAGGCACGACGAGAACGUCGUGGAGGUGCGCUACGAGGAGUACUUCGUGGAGCACGACAUCUCCACCGCCGACGCCCGCAAGGCCGCGGCAGAGCUCCACCUUGACGAUGUGCCAUCGACCCGCGCGGGCUGCGGUACCUGCAGCCGCAGCGAGAUGGAGUACUGCGAGACGCGCGUGCUGGCCGACCACUGCUGCUGCGAGCGGCGCUUCCUGCCCGAGCCGUUCCCUUGGCUGCCGCACACCUGCUACGUCGGGCCCGCGCGCUGCCGGCCAUUGGCACACGACUGCGUGCGCUACGCACGUCUAAGGGACUGCUGCUGCUAUCGCAAGCUGGCUGAGCGAUGGAAGAGUAUCCUGUCCAAGUCGUCCCGGCUGGGCGUGAGCGGCGCGUCGCUGCUGCUGCUGUCGAUGCUGCUGUUUGUGGCCUACCUGUGACACGCGCCUGCGCGCGCGCCGCUUGUGCCCGCGCACGUGUAGGCACCAGCGGCAAAGUGCACAGGAUUUAGAUCCUUAUCAACAUUAAUAUUGGCUUCUGCUGGAUGUAGUUUUUCUUCAAGCUUUGUGUCUGGUCUUGGACCCUUUAAUAUCUGUGUUUGUGAAGAGGACACUUCAAUUUAUCAUGGGCAAGGAGCUUAUCUUCUGAUCUCAUGGACCAUCAUCUUCUGCUGGAUUAGUUUUUGUUUACUGCUGAACUGUUAGUUCUCACUAAUGUAUCAAUAUCAUUACGAAGAGAACAUUUCAAUUUCCCAAACGUGAGGAGCUUAUCUUCUACUCAUCUGCUGAACCACCAGACAUUCGAUUCGUUCGACUCAUUCAGUAUGUUCAAGCUUUAAAUUGCUGAGGGUAACUGCGGGUACUUCUUCAAUCAUAACUCGUUACUGAUGCACUAUUUCACUAUCAUUAAGCGGACCGCUAUACUUUUUGACAUGUUUUUUAAAUUUAAAUAAAACUGACUGCUUCUUAUUAUCUCUUUUGUAACUAGAGAGUAGUUGAAAUAAUGAACUUUGGGCACAAUAAGAAGAAAGAAGAGAAUAGCUAUUCGUUCCUAUUCUUGAUCUUGACUCAUGGAUAAUAAUCAAACAUGUCUUGAAUGAAAUAAUUUUAAUAUAGUAGUUUUAAAUGUUCUUCGAAAUUAUAAGAAUUAAUUGUUUCGAUCGAUGUAUAAAUUGUAGAUACUUGUAAUUAAAGAAGUUUAGUGAACUAGUAAGCACUAAUUUAUUUUCAGGGCUAUAAGAUAGCUUCGUGUCUGCUUAGCUGCACUGAAUAGAAGGCUUUUUAGUUAAAUGUAAAGCUAUUUUUCCUUUGGAAUUAAAAAUAUGUUAGUUACCUUCUUGCUUGUAUUUUAGAUUUUGGAAUUUUACGCAUUUAUAUUUAAGAAAAUUAACUUUGCAAAUAUUUAAAAUAUUUUCGUUAUUUUGAAAAACCAAUGAUUUAGUUAAUGUUACGUUGUACAAUGUUUUGGUUAGACGUUAUUUAUUUAUGUUAAGUUCAGUAUCGACGCCAAAGGUGCAUUAGUGUAAGGGGCUGUCAUGUAAUGAUGGGCUGUGUGUGUUUGAAUUAAAAUAGUUCACAGAAAUUAAAAUGAUUAACAGCAACCUAAGCUACCUAUAAUAAUUCUGUUUUUAAUGUUGUCUAAUAUACGUAAUGAUAAUUUCAAAUGUAAAAAUAAUAUAAUUAAAAAUGAAACCACAUUUCGUACACAAUUUAAAAUUGAUGUUUCAGGAGUUUCAGUUCUUUGUGAAACUGUAAUAAAGGAUUAUUUUAAUGUUUUAAUUUUGUGAACUAUUUUCCUAUACAGGGUGCGACCCCAGUCUGCAUAGUUAUGGUGUGAUAGGUAAAGAAUAAGAGAGAUUGGACAAUAUU